AUGGAGAGUCCUGCCAAACGCAGGAAGAAGAAUGGCAGCAAAGCGUCCCCUCUGCCGGUAAAAAGUCUGGACUUCUUCUUCGCAAAGCAGAAUGCCAAAGCUCGAGGCGAAGACACAAAGACAACCAAGACAGCUGUGGAUGGUAUCAAUGGACAAGCAGAAGAGAAAUCAGCGGGUGGGAUGAAUAUGCAUCAAGACGAUGAGCAAUUCGCAAGACAGUUACAACAGGCAUGGGACAAUGAGCAUGAGGCGAAAACCCAAGCAGACCCAGCACCAGAAUCAAACCAGGAUCACGCAUUCUUCAAUGAGGGAGACCAGUCUUUGGAAGAUGAGUCAGUUAAGCUACGAGAGCAGUCGAAGGACACAGCAGGCCGUGUUCACGGAAACGGUGCACCUACGGUGCUUUCUCUGCAGUCGGCGGGAUCUGCUGAAGAUACAGUCACCCUUACUGUUCCAUUCGACCAAAGUCCUCUGACCUUCGAUCCCCAAGACUACGUGUCCGAGCUAAGAAGUUAUUGGGCAUCAGAGGGUGGCAAUGCGUUUUACUCUCUCCUAACGAGGUGUUUCAUCCUGAUCAACAGCACGCAAAGCCGCAUCAAAAUCGUCGACACACUUGUCAAUUGCCUCCGGACAAUCAUUGAAGGAGAUCCAGACAGCUUGCUGCCUGCCGUGUGGCUAGCGACGAAUUCAAUAUCCCCAUCGUAUAUCUCCUUGGAGCUGGGGCUGGGCGGCUCGGCAAUAUCGAAAGCCCUGAAGAAAGUUUGCGGGCUGGACAGUGGAGGGUUGAAGACGUUAUACGAUAAGUACGGUGAUGCAGGUGAUGUGGCAUUUGAAGCGAAGAAGAAGCAAAGCUUUACUCUGAGAAAGCCGAAGCCAUUGACCAUUAAAGGAGUCUAUCAGUCGCUUGUCAAGAUUGCCAAUAGCAAAGGCAAUGGCAGCGUAGAGAACAAGCAGAGAAUCGUGGAAAGACUUGUGCAAGAUGCUAGAGGCGCUGAGGAGAGUAGAUACAUCGUUCGAACUCUUGUUCAGCAUCUCCGUAUCGGAGCAGUAAAGACUACCAUGCUCAUCGCACUCGCUCGAGCUUUUCUGCUUUCGAAACCUGCUGGGGCUGAAUUCGAAAUUCUCCAGCGCUCUGAGCUUGCAAAGUUGAAGAAGGAUGAGCUCGCCGCCAUUUGGUCAAAGGCUGAGGAGACGGUCAAGGCAUGCUUUGCUCGCCGUCCAAACUACAAUGAUAUCGUCCCUGGCCUUCUGGAGGUGGGCGUAUGUGAGGAGCUGCUGCUGCGGUGUGGCCUUGCGUUGCAUAUACCGCUGCGACCCAUGCUGGGAAGCAUCACUCGUGAUUUAGGCGAGAUGCUUACCAAAUUACAGGGCAGAGAUUUCGGCUGCGAAUUCAAGUAUGAUGGGCAACGUGCACAAGUUCAUUGUGAUGAUAAGGGCAAAGUCUCAAUCUUCUCCCGUCACCUUGAAGUCAUGACGGACAAAUACCCGGAUCUUGUCAAACUGGUUCCUGAGAUCAGGGGAGAUGGAGUGUCAAGUUUUAUCCUUGAGGGCGAAGUGGUGGCAGUCGACCGAGAGACAGGAGACUUAAGGACCUUUCAGACCCUGACGAAUCGUGCUCGGAAGGAUGUUGACAUUGGCAGCAUCAAAGUCGAUGUCUGUCUCUUCGCGUUCGAUCUGAUGUAUCUGAAUGGUGAAGAACUUCUUAAUAGACCAUUCAGAGAACGACGGGGAUUGUUACGCAGCAUGUUCAUUGAAAAAGAGCACCACUUUACCUGGGUCCGAAGUAUUGAUGCGUCACCAGCAGAAUCGGAGACUGUCCUCGAAUUCUUCAAGAGUGCCACCGACUUCAAAUGCGAGGGCAUCAUGGUAAAAGUGCUUGACAAUCUACCAAAUCCCGACCUGCAGACGGAGGUACAGGAUGAUGCUCAGCUCAAUACGCCUACACCGGUGACACCUUCUAAGCCCAAGAAAGGAAACCGAGUCAAAGUUGCAAAGGAAGAAGAGAAGGAGAAAGGAACGAGGAGAAAAGCGCUCCUUGCCACUUAUGAACCCGAUAAACGUCUUGAUUCUUGGCUCAAGGUCAAAAAGGACUACAAUACUGCUGCCGACACGAUAGACCUCAUCCCUGUGGCUGGCUGGCACGGUCAAGGUCGAAAGGCCAAAUGGUGGUCACCGAUCCUGCUAGCUUGUCGUAAUCCAGUUACAGGCUCCCUCGAAGUCGUCACCAAAUGCAUAUCCGGCUUUACCGACAAGUUCUACCAGGCCAACAAAGAGAAAUACAGCGAAGACGGUGAUAAUGUCAUAGCGCGACCAAGCUAUGUCGAAUAUGGCGGACAUCCCGAUGUUUGGUUCGAGCCGCAAGAAGUAUGGGAGAUGGCAUUUGCCGACAUAACUCUGAGCCCAACAUAUACCGCGGCCAUUGGAUUGGUUAGUGACGAGCGGGGCUUGAGUCUGCGUUUCCCUCGCUUUCUGAAAGUUCGAGAAGACAAGAGUAUUGAGGAGGCAAGCACAUCUGAUUUCCUCGCUGGUCUGUACAGAAAGCAGGAAGCUAGAGCUCAGGCCAAUGGAGAGACGGGCCAUGCAAAAGAUACCGAAGAAAUCGAGGAGGAGUGA